CGAACCGACAAUUGAAACCGGAAGUUCCCAUGAUGCUAGUGUCCAGAGCGGAGGAGAUGCGCAGUGUAUCGCAGGAAAUAGCAUAGUUACACUUGAACCUAAAAUACAGAGUGUGGAGGAGGCAGGAGGAGAUGAGCUCCAAAAUACCUCGCAAAGCCCUGGCACUCCAGGCGAGGAAAAAACGGACGAAGGCGAAAGCAAGAUUCAAAGAAGAAAAGAAACGCUCUAAGAGAAAACAAGCUAAGCAUCAUGAUUCUAGCAGUGGAACAGAGUCCUCUAGUGGCACUGAUUGGUCUGCUGAUACACACAAGUCUUGUGACCCUGUGUAUGAAGAUGAAGAAGAAAUCCUUGGGUCAGAUGAUGAUGAACAAGAAGAUCCUCGCGAUUACGUAAAAGGUGGCUACCACCCAGUUAAAAUUGGUGAUUUAUUCCAUGGACGUUACCAUGUUGUUCGGAAGCUUGGUUGGGGUCACUUCUCGACCGUUUGGUUGUGUUGGGACAUGGUAGCGAAAAGAUUUGUUGCCUUGAAGGUUGUUAAAAGUGCUCAGCAUUACACUGAAACUGCACUUGAUGAAAUCAAAUUACUAAAGUGUGUCCGAGACAGUGAUCAGAAUGAUAGCAAUAGAGAGAAAGCUGUGCAAUUAUUAGAUGAUUUUAAAAUAACUGGUGUGAAUGGAGUACAUGUAUGCAUGGUUUUUGAAGUUUUAGGUAACCAUUUGCUUAAACUAAUAAUUCGAUCCAACUAUCGAGGGAUUCCAAUUGAGAAUGUGAAAAAUAUUAUAAGACAAGUUCUUCAGGGACUUGAUUAUCUUCAUAGAAAAUGUGAGAUCAUUCAUACUGAUAUCAAGCCAGAAAAUAUAUUGAUGUGUGUUGAUGAGGCAUAUGUUCGGAAAUUAGCCGCUGAGGCGUUGGAGUGGCAACGCCUGGGGAUCAAGCUUCCUGGUUCAGCAGUAAGUACUGCUCCCAAGGAGAGGAUUGAUGCUGUAAAAAUGACCAAAAAUAAGAAGAAAAAAUUAAAAAAGAAACUGAAACGCCAACAGGAACUGAUGAACCUCCAACUGCAACAAAUGGAAGAAACCUGUGCAGAAUCAGAAAUCGGUGCUACCAAUGAACCAAGAGAAACGAGCAACUCCUUAGACGAGAGACCAAACAUGGUUCCUUUGUCCCAGAAUAGCAUUGAUGCCGGAGAUGAUGAUGAUGAUGAAGAUGAUGAUGAUAUAUCAUCUGCUACCGUGACAUCACCAGAAGAACAGCAGAAGUCUUUGCCAUCUCCACAGCCCAAUUCACAAGACAAUAUUAAUUCACCAACAUCUCCAACAACUUCGAAAACAUCUGAGAAAACAAAUACAAAUUUGAAUGAUUAUACUCAAGAAAGCAGGGUCACAGACUCAACCAAUGCUGACAGUUCUCCUAGUUGCGAUCUUCCAAAUAAAAACAUAAAUAAUCGGAACAUCACCAAACAACUUGCUCAACCGAUCUGUAACGGACAGUACGAAUCUCAAAAGACUAAGGACUGUAAUAAAAACUCUUCUGAAACUGAGAAUCUCAAUUUAGCACUAAAUGAGAAAAUGGAACAGAACUCGUCAGAGGGAAACCGUGUACAAACAAUGAAUCUAGGGUCUGCUGGUUCUGAGAGGAAGUCGCGCGAUGAAAAUGUAUCGCGGAGAAAAGACCCUGUGCACGAAGUAUGUGAAGACCUUAAAGUAAAAAUUGCCGACUUAGGAAAUGCAUGUUGGGUUUCUCACCAUUUUACAGAAGACAUCCAAACGAGACAGUAUCGUUGCUUAGAAGUUCUCCUUGGUGCUGGCUAUGGACCUCCGGCUGAUAUAUGGAGCACAGCAUGUAUGGCGUUUGAAAUGGCAAGUGGCGACUAUUUGUUUGAGCCACACUCAGGAGAGGAAUACUCAAGGGAUGAGGACCACUUGGCUCACAUAAUUGAGUUACUCGGUACCAUUCCAAAACAUAUUGCGCUGUCAGGCAAAUAUUCUAGAGAUUUUUUCAACAGAAAAGGUGAAUUGCGACACAUAACGAAACUGAAGCCCUGGGGGUUGAAUGAAGUGCUUCGUGAAAAAUAUGAAUGGAACGAGAAAGAUGCCCGAGAAUUUUCCGACUUUUUGCUCCCAAUGUUAGUAUUUGAUCCUGCAAAGCGAGCCACGGCUCUGGAGAGCCUCAACCAUCCCUGGCUAAGACAAGACACAAAUAAAGCAACAGACUCAUAACAAUGGGGUGGUUGGUGGACUGGACUGCAAUUUUCAUACCACCACCUUUUUUCCCCCCACCUCCCAAAACAAUUAAAUUUAAACAAAAAAAAAAAACAAAAAAAUAUCCUGCAAAAUAAAUUACAGAACCUCAACUGUGUUAACCAUCCUUCCACCAUCACCAGCAUGGCCAACUAACCUUUUUUUUUUUUAAUUUAUUUUCCAUGUAUAUAAGGUUGUUUUUUUCUCUCUUCUCUUCUCUCUUUCCGUUAUGUUCCUCUACCUGCUGCAUCUUUCUCUGUCUCUAAUGCCCCAUAGCAGUUAGUGUUGGUAAAAAGUCCUGCUGCGGAUGCAGAGAAAACUGAAGCUCUGGCUUGCUUCGACUCGCCAUUUAAUAAUAUUAAAAAUAAAAGUGGUCUUUAAGAACAGAUCUGUUUUCUUUGGUCUUGUGCUGCUGCCAGACAAGUUUUCUCUGAGAAAGAAAGAAGUUGAUGGGGGUGGGGCAGAUACCUUUUAAAAAAAAACAACAAAAAACAGAUGAUAUAAUGUGGAAAAAAGAAAAGCUGUAUUUCCUUCAUUGAAGCCUCUUAAUUGACCAUCUUGUGUCUGUCUCUCUCUCUCUCCUACACAGACAAAGUCUAUGCAAUGAUGUAGAUAAGACCGUUUCCACUGUUGCACAUUUCUAAAGGCUUAUAAGAUUAGUGUCUCUUCCUCACUGCUGUCCUCUUAGUUCUGAGUGCCAUUGUUUAAAUAUUUCUACCUUAACGGAUGAAUCCUCAUCAGAUGUUACUGUUUAUAAAGAUUAUAACCAUCAUCAUUAUCAUCAUUCAUUAUAUAAUUAUUAUUAUUAUUAUUAUGAUUAUUCCAGUAUUUUUCUUUUGGGAGGGUGGGGAAAUGGCCUCAAAUCCACAUGAGGAAACAUGCUGUCUUGUUGGCGCCAGUACUUAAAAAGACGAAAAAAAGAAAAAGAUCAAAUAAAAAAAAGCAAACAUCUUUUGUUGUAGUCUUUGGGAUGGGAGAUAAUGUCUCACUAGCUUCUUUUAUUUUGCAGGAAUCAGUUUUCGAAAUAAAAAGUAUUUUUCAUAUUUCUGAA